AUGGAACAGGAGGAGAGCAAGGGGGGUGCAGCGAGGAGCGAGAGAGCCGCAUGCGCCCACUUCAGCCACACCCUGCAGACCGAGGCCUACACCGAGCAGCUGGCGCGGUGGCCCAAGUUGGGGCAAUUCAUCCUCGCCCAGUACACCGAUGAGGCCAUUCUUGUGUAUCAAGCGUUCAAGCCCGAGAUCGGGAAGUACGCAGUGGAGCACCAGCGGUUCACCGGCUGUCCGGGCUACUCCUCGACGCGGAUGACCUGGAUCAAGCCCAACUUCCUCUGGAUGAUGUUCCGAAACGGGUGGGGCCGCAAGAGUAAUCAAGAGGUGACGCUGGGUAUCUGGCUGAAGAGAUCCGCGUUCGAUCGCUACAUUUUGCUCUCGUCAACGAAAGGUGGUGGAACAGUACGCCUGCAGUGGGACCCGGACCACGACCCCAGCGGCGCACCGGUGACGAGCAGACGCGCGAUUCAGCUCGGGCUGAAGAAUGUGGAGUCCUACGCGAACGGCGAGGACAUCCUGCGUAUCGACGACCUCUCUCCGUUCGUGGCUGAGUGCGCCCGCAACGACCCCGCGCGACUCGUGACACCCAAGGAGAUGAUCUAUGAGCCGAAUGACCCGGCCCUGGGUGCGAUUCUUCGCCUCUCCAGCGAAAGUGAGGAGCCGUUACGAUUGACACUCUGCAGCAAAGGGCGGCGCAAGAUGGUACUGCUCCACCCGCGCACCAUGGACCAGCUCUAUGCCACCAUCAAGCAGAAGUUUAGGACGAAGGCACUGAGCGUCACAGACUCGACGGGCCGAACCGUAACGCAAAAAGAACUGCAGGGCCUGAGCCAAGACGCAGUCUUACACUUUGCCUGA